AUGUCGUUCCACCCGUCGUCAUACCAAACGUCGACGUAUACCACCUCUUCUACUGCACCGUUUCAUUCCUCAAGCUCUACAGCUUUCAUACCAAACAACACGAUCACGGUAAGUGUUAAUGUAGAUGUCCAUAAACUCAAAGCCAUGUUUGACUCUCAGGUGGGACAACUUACUCCGCAGAUUACCUACCAAAGUGGUACAUUAGUCACGGCUGCGAAUGGGAAGGCGGUGAACAUGAAUGUAAAGACAUCUCCCAUUUCUCCCGAUAAAGCUGAGAAGGAGCGCUUGAAAAAGGCUCGCCAGGCUGAAGCCGCUAGGAUGAGAUACCACCGUUUGACGCCUGCUGAGAAGCGAGAGCUGAAUUUGAAGAGGACUUUGGCGCAGAAAAGAAAAAGGCAAAGAGAAAAAGAGCUUGAAGAGUUGGAGUCGAUCCUACGAGAAACUAAUGAUAUUCAGGUCAUCGGCACUAAAUUCUGUAGCCGUAUAGCGCAUCGCAUAGUUUCUUUCAGAUACGCUAGAAUGACUCCGGAGGAACGACGCGCCCACAACAAUCGCCGCCGAAUGCGUCAGAUGCAGAAUGCCAGAGCUAUACGCCACUGUGGCGCUGCGGGUGGUACUGGUGAUCCUAUCAAAGACGAGGAGGCCGUCAGAGCACAUAUCAAAGCACAAAAUGCGAAAAAAGCUGAGGCGGCAAGGCAAAGGUACCAUCGUAUGUCUGAAGAGGAGAAACGCAUCUACAAUCAGCGACGUACAGAAGCUUUCCGGCGGCGUAGAAUGGAGGAAGAAAUGUUAUUAGCUAUGCCGAUUGGUAGAAUCAAUGGAGAAGCGCUAGACAGGGCUCAACAGAUUGUUGUACGCAAUGCAAAACGAGCUGAGGCAGCUCGACUGCGAUAUCAACGAAUGACUCCAGAUCAAAGAAAGUCUUAUAAUCAGGAGAGGUAUAUAUCGAACCCUUUGCAGUCCUACAAUCAAAAACGGUAUACUCCAAAACGGAGGCGUAUGGAGGGUAUGGAUUCGAUGCUAUCGUCCAGCGGCGGAUCUUUGGCUGGAUCAUGUAAAAAGGUAGAAGAGGACGCGCUAACUGUAAUCGAGCGAGAUGUUCUGAAGAAGACUCAACAAGCUCAACAGGUAGGGCAAAGAGUUUUUUUUGGGAGUAAUUCCAAGUUAUCGACUUUUAAAGCAUAG